AUGCAGGUUCAGCCCACUAUCCUACGCCCGAUUAGGAAACAAGCUCAAAUUGAUUCUACCCAAAUUUUACACGAUCCUCAACUUCUAGACAGCCCGGAAAUGAGGCCGAUUGGGUGUCUCGCCAGAAGAGCAGCCAUCACCCGCUGGCCAGUCGCAAAUCGUCUUGCAUCAUUUGCGCAUCUAAGCCCCAAAUUUUCUACUCGCUGCGUCUCAAACAGUUCCUCUGCCUCGACCAGGUCCGUCGCAAGGCUACUGGAGUGGAAGCCCACGACGGAAGCCCAAAAUGUCGUUGUCGAAGGCUACGUGCGCUCGGUGCGCUCCAUGAAGACUGCAUCAUUCGUCUCCCUCGGUGACGGCUCUUGCCUCGCGUCCCUGCAGGCAAUAGUUCCCGUGGACCAGGCCAGUGGUCUCUCCGUUGGUGCUGCUGUUCGCCUCACCGGCUCGUGGGUGUCUUCCCCGGGGCGAGGUCAGACACACGAGCUCCGUGUCAAAGAAGCCCAAGUUGUCGGGCCAUCAGAUGCCAAGACGUUCCCUUUGCAAAAAAAAUACCAUACGCCCGAGUUCCUCCGUACGAUUCCUCAUCUCCGUCUCAGGACACCGUUCAACUCGACUCUUCUCCGCUUGCGGUCCGAAGUUAUCCGGUCCAUGUCUCACUUUUUCUCCACACGCGACUUUGUUCAGACACAUCCGCCAGUACUCACAUCAUCCGACUGUGAGGGUGCCGGGGAAGUGUUCGAGGUUCUUCCUGCUUCCGAUGGCCAAAUUUCCACCGAAGCAGCCCAGAAACCCACCGAACCCUUCUUCGACUCACAAAAAUACCUUACUGUCUCGGCCCAACUCCACCUCGAGGCCCUGGCACAGUCUCUCGGGAAUGUUUGGACCCUGUCACCCACGUUCAGGGCCGAGAAGAGCGAUACGCCAAGACACUUGAGCGAAUUCUACAUGAUGGAAGCCGAGAUGUCCUUUGUUGAGAGCAUGGACACGGUCAUGGAUCUUGUCGAAGAUUUGCUUAGAUUUGCGACCAAGGAACUGUCUGGCACCAAGCUUUUUGAGGACCUCCAGCAUCGCUCCAAGGAAGGCGCCGAUGAUCUAACCACGCCUGACGAGGUUCGAAGACGCUGGAAUGGCCUCAUGUCCGAGUCCUGGCCGCGAAUCACCUAUACAGAGGCCAUCCGUCUCCUCGAAAGUGAAUCGCAGAACAAGCCUGGUAUGUUCAAGUUCAAGCCAACUUGGGGCCAUGGCUUGCAAGCCGAGCAUGAAAAGUACAUUGCUAGGGUUGUAGGUGGCUCGAAGCCCGUUUUUGUCACUCAUUACCCGCGCGAUCUCAAGGCUUUCUACAUGCUUCAGUCUGCAUCGCCUACAGGCACGACGGCGGCGGCAUCUUCUUUUUCGGCCGGAACAUCGCGAUCGGACCCUGAGGCCACGACUCCGCGUGAAACGGUGGACUGCUUUGAUUUGAUUGUUCCGGAUCUCUGCGAGAUUGCAGGCGGCUCCAUGCGUGAGCAUCGCUUGCAGCCACUACUCGGUGUCAUGCAAUCGCGUGGGAUGGUGACACAAGGCAGCGGCGUCGGCACCAGCAGCCACGCUAGUAGGGGCGAUGGCGAUCCUGUUACCUUCUCGAACACGACCAAUGCCCAACAUGCUGGCGCUCUGGAAUGGUAUAUUGACCUUCGCCGUUGGGGCUGUCCACCGCACGGAGGUUUCGGCAUUGGGUUCGAUCGGCUUCUUUGCUACCUGUCCGGGGUUCAGUCCAUUCGUGACAUGGUUGCCUUUCCCCGGUGGUAUGGACGAGACGCACGUACGAAAGCCAGCUUCCUUCGAGCCUUGCCUGGCUAUGGACUUCGAUUUCGAACGGCCCGACACAUCACAGUUACCCGCCCGCGUGAUGGUUGCCUCUGUCACUUGGAUCAGACCUUGUGCCCGCUAGGGACCUCCUAUCUUGGAUUGCUGGAAGUCGCAGUGAUACAACCAGUCUCAUAG